AUGAUCCGUCGACUUAACUUUACUUUUCAAAGGAGAUUUAAGUUGCUUGUCCUGUCACUUCUCUUCCUUAUUUUCAUAAUGCAUUUUGCUCUAGACAUAUCCUCACUGUACGCAGUGUCCUGCCCCUGUGCAUCUAAUAAUCACCCUAGAGCCAAAGUCCAUGUGAUUCGAAAACCCCACAUUGUGCGGACAUUACAAGACUUCAGCAGUAGCAAUGGUUCAACUCAAAGAUCUUCAGUAGAUGAUGUCCAAGUGCAGAAAAUACAUCCUGCCAAAUCCAAGGUUACAAAUAAAUCAGCAAGAGGAUAUCCAGGUUCAAAGUUGGCUGCUUUGUUCAAACACCCAUUCUUUAAUACUCCAAUGCCAGAAAUAAAAGAAGAAGAUAAACUGUUUAGAGUUAACUCAAAGGAACGAUUUACAUUGAAAGGCAGCGGAAGCGAGGAAUGGAUCAGUGCUAAUGUGGAAUUCAUCCUUCCCACAGGUGAAUCACCAGCUGACACCUAUCCUACCUGGCUAAAAUUCCACAUCGGGAUUAAUCGUUAUGAGUUAUACCCAACCCAAGAUCCACUUAUACCUAUUCUGCUUAAGGAAAUGUCUACUCAACGUAUUCUUAACUCAGUUCAAAAACCUGGUGGGACGCAGCUCAAGCUUGUGAUGUCCUUUCCCAACUUUGGCCAGGCCUUAUUCAAGCCCAUGAAACAGACUCGGGACCAAGAGACUCCCCCAGAUUUUUUUUACUUCUCAGAUUUUGAGAGACACAACGCAGAGAUAGCAGCUUUUCACUUGGACAGGAUCCUCGGUUUCCGCAGAAUCCCACCAGUGGUUGGGCGUCUGGUGAAUAUCACUAAAGAGAUCAGAGACAUCACAACAGACAAAAAGUUGGCUAAGACUUUCUAUAUCUCACCAGCUAACAAUGUUUGCUUCUACGGUGAGUGCUCCUACUACUGUUCCACAGAGCAUGCUUUGUGUGGGAACCCAGACCUUCUGGAAGGGUCAUUGGCUGCCUUCUUACCAGAUACAGUGCUGGCAAACAGGAAAUCCUGGCGCAGCCCCUGGAGACGUUCCUAUCAUAAGAGUAAAAAGGCAGAUUGGGAGCUUAAUCCAAAUUAUUGUGACACAGUAAAAAAGACACCUCCUUACGAUAAAGAUACCCGGCUCUUGGACCUUAUAGAUCUUACUAUCCUGGACUUUUUUAUGGGCAACCAAGAUCGCCAUCACUAUGAGACUUUUGAAAAAUUUGGAAACAACACCUUUCUAUUACAUCUGGACAAUGGGAGAGGGUUUGGACGUCACUCAUAUGAUGACCUUUCAAUUCUUGCUCCACUCCAGCAGUGCUGUAGAAUUAAGAAGUCCACCAUGCAGCGACUGCAGCUUUUGGCAACUGAGCCUUACCGUUUAAGUGAUGUCAUGCGGGAAUCUCUCUCUUCAGACCCACUGACACCUAUCUUGACAGAGCCUCAUCUUGCUGCCCUUGACCGCAGACUUGGCAUAACCCUUGGCAUUAUAAAACAAUGCCUCAGGAAGGAAGGAUACCAAAGGGUCAUGCAUGAUGAUUGGACUAGCUAGGCAGCAGGGAAUGACACAUUUAACUCAUGGGAUCCACCA